AUGCGGAGAAGUGGACUAGUCAGACGCGGGCGGUGGAUGUGCUCAACGCCGGCCGUCCUCCUCAUCCUCCUCCUGGGCUUCGUCCGCGCAGGGCUCGGCCAAGCGAGAGACGAUGACGACUUCCUGAGCCUGAGCGAGCUGCCUGAGACGUUCCCGUCGGACCCGCCCGAGCCGCUGCCGCACUUCCUGUUUGAACCUGAAGAGGGCUACAUCGUCAAGAACAAGCCCGUCAACCUCUACUGCAAGGCCACGCCCGCCACGCAGAUUUACUUCAAGUGCAAUAGCGAGUGGGUCCACCAGAAGGACCACACGGUGGAAGAACGUGUGGAUGAGAACUCGGGUCUAGUGGUGAGAGAAGCCAGCAUAGAAAUAACCCGGCAGCAGGUGGAGGAACUGUUCGGCCCGGAAGAUUACUGGUGUCAGUGCGUGGCAUGGAGCUCCGCUGGAACCACCAAAAGUCGCAAAGCGCACGUUCGGAUCGCAUAUCUGAAGAAAUCCUUUGAACAGGAGCCCCUCGGCAAAGAGGUGUCCCUAGAGCAGGAGGUGCUGCUCCAGUGUCGUCCACCAGAGGGCAUACCGGCAGCAGAAGUGGAGUGGCUAAGGAAUGAAGAAAUCAUCGAUCCGGCGGAGGACAGAAACUUCUACAUCACCAUCGACCACAACUUGAUUAUCAAGCAAGCCCGUCUGUCCGACACGGCCAAUUACACGUGCGUGGCCAAGAAUAUCGUGGCCAAGCGACGCAGCACCACCGCCACUGUCAUCGUUUACGUCAACGGCGGCUGGUCCACUUGGACGGAGUGGUCGGUUUGCAACAGCCGUUGUGGGCGAGGCUUCCAGAAACGAACCCGGAGCUGCACUAACCCCGCGCCUUUGAAUGGUGGACUACCUUGUGAUGGACAGGCUAUCCAGAAACUGCCUUGUACCUCCUUGUGUACUGUGGACGGUGACUGGACGGAAUGGAGUAAGUGGUCGGCCUGCGGGACCGAGUGCACCCAAUGGAGGAGGCGAGAGUGCAACAACCCGUCGCCCAAAAACGGAGGCAAGGACUGCGAGGGUCUGUUGCUUGAUUCUCAGAACUGCACCGACGGACUCUGUAUGCAAAGUUCAUUGUUUGAGACGUCCAAAGAAAAGAAUGAUGUAGGAUUCACAUCGGCUCCGAGCACGGACGACGUGGCUCUUUAUGUGGGUGUGGUCAUCGCUGUCAUCAUGUGCCUAGUCAUCUCAGUCAUCGUGGCGCUCUUCGUGUACCGCAAGACGCACCGGGACUUCGACUCGGACAUCAUUGACACAUCGGCGCUCAACGGAGGCUUCCAGUCGGUCAACAUCAAAACAGCCAGAUCAGAUCCCCUGCCUAACCUGAAGAUCAAGGUGUAUAACUCCUCCGGCCUGGUGACACCGCAGGAUGACCUGGGAGGCGACUUCACAUCCAAGCUUUCCCCCAAGUUAACUCAGUCCCUGCUGGACAACAGCGACACUAUGAACCUUCGAAACCAGAGCUUGGCUCGCACUCGAGACCCUUCGUGCACUGCCCACGGAUCCUUCAACAACCAGGGAGGACAUCUCAUCGUGCCUAACUCCGGAGUGAGUCUGCUGGUUCCGGCGGGUGCCGUCCCCCAGGGCCGCGUCUACGAGAUGUACGUAACGGUGCACAGGAAGGACAGUUCCAGACCUCCGUUAGAGGACGUGCAGACUGUGCUGAGCCCUGUGGUGAGCUGCGGACCUCCAGGAGCGCUCCUGACCAGACCAGUAAUCCUCACCAUCCACCAUUGUGCUGACAACGUCCAUGAGGACUGGCUCAUACAGCUGAGAAACCAACUGGCCAUGGGGGAGUGGGAGGAUGUGGUGGUGGUGGGUGAGGAAAACUUCACCACGCCCUGCUACGUGCAGAUGGACUCGGAGGCGUGUCAUAUCCUGACGGAGACUCUGGGCACAUACUGUUUGGUGGGCCAGUCGGUAGGCAAGGCAGCCGCCAAGAGGCUGAAGCUGGCCGUUUUUGGACCCGUCUCCUGCACCACGUUGGAUUAUCACAUCAGGGUCUACUGUCUGGACGAUACGCAGGAUGCGCUCAAGGAGGUCCUUCAGAUGGAGACACAAAUGGGUGGCAAACUCUUGGACGAGCCCAAGACACUGAACUUUAAGGACAGCACGCACAACCUGAGACUUUCAGUACACGACGUACCGCACCCGCACUGGAAGAGCAAACUCAUGGCCAAGUAUCAGGAGAUCCCAUUCUACCAGGUCUGGAGCGGCAGCCAGAGGAGCCUCCACUGCACUUUCACAUUGGAGAGGAUGAGCUCGGCCGUCACCGAGGUCAGCUGUAAACUCUGCGUCAGGCAGGUGGAAGGCGAGGGACAGAUCUUUCAGCUCAGCAACACCCUGGAGGAGGAGCUCCAGUGCAUUGACACAUCGCUGAUGGACCCGGCCAGCAACAUUACCACUUUAAUAGGACCCAACGCCUUCCGUAUCCCCUUGUCCAUCAGACACAAACUUUGCGGGAGUCUAGACGCGCCACAGACACGAGGCAACGACUGGCGGAUGUUGGCCCACAAGCUCAAUCUGGACAGGUAUCUGAACUACUUUGCCACCAAGUCAAGUCCGACAGGCGUCAUCCUGGACCUGUGGGAGGCCCAGCACUUUCCCGAAGGGGACCUCAACGAACUGGCCGCCGUGCUGGAAGAGAUGGGUCGGCACGACAGCAACUUCUGCUCGAUGACCAUGGAACACUGA